GGGAGAGCGCUUCCCUACAGGGAGGGCGGCUCCUAAUCCACGCGGAGGGUGAGAGACGUUUAUUCCUGAGACUUUUAGGUGGACAAACUCAGUCUCAGCGCGCGCGCACACACGGAGGAACAGGGACAUCUUUGGCUUGGAAGACCCGCCAGGUGGAAUGAUGACCAAUCACUCCUCACACUCCAACGGCAUGCCGAGCCUCCGGACGGAGCACCUGUACAAGGUGCUGGUGAUCGGUGACCUCGGGGUCGGGAAGACGUCCAUCAUCAGGCGCUACGUGCACCAGACGUACUCCAACAACUACCGGGCGACCAUUGGAGUGGACUUCGCUCUGAAGGUGUUGAACUUGGACCACGAGACUGUCCGGCUCCAGCUGUGGGACAUUGCAGGUCAGGAGCGCUUCGGAAACAUGACGCGGGUCUACUACCGCGAGGCCAUGGGAGCCUUCAUCGUGUUCGACGUGACGCGGCCCACGACCUUCGAGGCGGUCGUCAAGUGGAAGGAGGACCUGGACUCCAAGCUGAUGCUGGGCAACGGACAGAGCAUCGCCACGGUGCUGCUCGCCAACAAGUGCGACCAGGGCAGAGAGCUGGCCAACAACGGCAUCAAAAUGGACCAGUUCUGCAAGGACCACGGCUUUGUGGGCUGGUUUGAGACCUCGGCUAAGGACAAUCUCAACAUCAGUGACGCCGCAAACCUCCUGGUGAAGCACAUCAUGGCGACGGAGAACGACAUCCUGAAGUCCAUCGUGCCGGACACCGUGUCGCCACAGUUCGACUCCGACAAGCGGUCGAGCUGCUCCGGCUGCUCCAAGUGAAGGAAGCGGCUGGCGACGCGACGGCGGCACAGAACGGAGCGGAGCAACAGCGUCAGGACCGAGAGGGACAUGCACACCACGCGGCCCGCUCAGGUACAGUUUGGCCUCUUUGGUCCAAAGCGGAAGUACCAUGGAUUCAGAAGAGCUGCACGUUCUGGUUUUUUUUUCUUCUUUUUUAAAGACAUUAAACUUGAACUUCAGUAAGGCCGAACCACACCUUGCUCUUAGUAUUAAGACUAUUUCAAGUGCCGUCAACGUUCGGGUCUGAACUGAACAAAAGGAGCGAGAAAUACUCCCCAACACUUCACUUUUCAAGUCCGUGCGAUUAAUUUAUUGUUGUUCUCCUUCUGUUCGCCUCAACAUAAGCUCGUGCGGGAGACGUGCUGUAAUGCAAACGUUCGUUGGAUCCCAGAUUGUGUGACUGUAUGUUGUUUUUUUAAUGAGUUGUAUUGUGUUGUUUACGAUCCCUCUCUUUUUUGUGCAGGCUGUAUUUAAUCAGGCUUGUUUAAGUAACGGCACAACGUUUCGGUUCCGAGAACACACAUUUCUGAGUGGAACUCGUCUCGCAAUGGCCAGUGGACAGUUUAGACGACAGUAAUUAAAGGGUCAUUUAAAGGUUUUUCUGUCUUUUCCUGUAGUGGCGCUGCACAAAUAAUCAAAAUCGCACUAUGGCCUACUGCCAUUUUCAAUCUGUUAAAGCCAGAAUACCGUUUUUAGAUCCAUCCAUCAUCCAUCCAUAUCAUUCAUCGCGGCGGCCUCUGUGGACCGGCUCAUUGUGCAGUAAUGAAUGAACAAAAACAAUUCGGGUGAUCGUGCACUUCAUUUUCUACCCAUCUGUGGAAAGACAACGAUGUUGUCGUCGUCUGCUUCUAAAGUGGACACUCUCAUGAGUUCACCCCCGAGAGAAAGCCGAGCCCUCUGUAACCAUGGUAACUACCUAUUUUUAUUUAUUCUUAUGGCUGUCCUUAAACAUCUGUGUGAAGCUAUCGCUGCACAUACGUCCAUAUUUCUCCAUUUAUGACCUGGUUUUCUCUCCUCUCCUCACCCACCUGUUCUCCGCUUAUAUUCCUUCUUGGUCUUUUUCCACAUUUACACACAGUAAAUGCUCAGUGAGGACAUUAUGUUAUUUCCCCUCGGUUACGGCAGCGUCACAUGUCGCCAUGACCGUAAUUUUACAGUAUCCACAUCAGGGCAUGAUGGAUUGAAACGGUGCGUUCCUCUCAGGAUCUCCAUUUCACAGUGUCAGUGGGGAUCAUCAUGAGCUGAAUUGUCCGCGUGUCCCACCGACUGCGAUGAUGUGCAAAAUAAAUUAUUUGGUUUCACAC